AUGAGAUUUCUCUGUUUACACGGCAGGGGGACCAACUCGGAUAUCUUCGAGUCCCAGCUUGGCCCUGGGAUCACUGAUCUCUACCCGCCGCCAUUCCUCUGCUGGUACGAACACGGCGUGCCUGUGGAGGUUCAGGAUGCACUGGUCGAUCUAGCCGUCAUUAUUGACGAGGAUGGGCCGUACGACGGCGUGGUUGGGUUCUCCGAGGGUGCCGCGGUGGUCGCCAGCCUCUUACUGAGUGAGAACAAUAGCAGCAGAGAUAAUGAGAAUCGCUUCCAUGUAGCUGUCCUUUUCAACAGCGUGAUACCGCUAAUCCCAGAGAAAACCGUCCAGAAGAUACCAGGAGAACCGCUAGGCGAAGUUGUCAGUGGACAGGAUCACGAAAGCUAUCUCGCUCUCCUCAAACAGACCAGCUCUUCAACCAAGGCACGCUGGUAUACUCCCAGAGCAAGCUCGGCGCGGAUCUCCAUCCCCACUGUCCAUGUCAUCGGCGCCAGGGACCCGUUUGCUGCCUCCUCGCGGAUGGUCGUCGAUCUCUACCAACCCGAAAAGACACAUGUGCUCGUGCACGAGGGCGGCCAUACGCUGCCGCAGACUGCCGCUGGUCUGGACCGGUGUGCGGAAAUGAUUGAAACCGCCGUUAUGUUGGCUUCGUUAGAUGGCUUAUAG